AUGUUGCACGUGCUACUCAAGUCUACAGCAUAUUUUCCGAGUUCUUUUUCAACAUCAAGUAUUUAUGAUAUAUUCGAGCAGCGAUUCGGAUAUUUUAAACAUUGUUUUUAAUUUCCCUUUAAAAUGGGGGUUUACGAUUUUGCGGAAUCGAAGUACAAUAUUGGAGGUUCAAGUUUCUCUAAAAUUGCUCCAAAACGACCAACAAUUGUGACACUAAACGAAAAACCAAACAAAAUACAAAAGCACGAGGAAAACCAACAUUCUCAGGGAGAAUUUCGAAAUGAAGCAAGCAUUGAACUCCGCAAGGAAAGGAAAUCAUUGCCAGUUCAUAUACACAGAAAAGGAAUACUCGAUUUAAUAAGAAAGCACGACACUCUGGUGAUAAUAGGCGAGACCGGAAGUGGCAAAAGUACACAGAUUCCGCAAUUAAUACUCUCCUCUGGAAUUGGAGGUCGUUCAGGAUGCAUUGGCAUCACCCAACCGAGACGAGUCGCUGCAAUAACAGUGGCUCGUCGAGUUGCCCAGGAACAGGGAGAAUCCAGUCCCGGUCGAAGGGUCGGAUACUGCGUCCGCUUCGACGAGAAGGUCUCGCCCGAGACGAGAAUCAAGUACAUGACUGACGGAAUGAUGGUGCGCGAGGCCAUGACGGACGAGAUUCUCUCUAAUUAUUCCGUCAUUAUUAUCGACGAGGCUCACGAGAGAUCUGUCCACACGGACGUCCUCUUCGGCGUGACCAAACGAGCCCAAAGUCUCAGAAAACUCAAGAAAUGUCCGCCUCUCAAGCUUCUCGUAAUGUCGGCGACAAUGGACGUUGGCAAAUUUGCGGAAUACUUUCAAGGCCAAGUGGUCUAUAUCGAGGGGCGCCAGCAUGAAGUCGAGGUUUAUCAUGCCAGCAAGCGUCAGGAUGAUUACGUUUUUGCGGCUCUCACGACCGUCUUUCAAAUUAACCGGGAGGCGCCUCCGAACGAAGACAUUAUUGUAUUUUUGACCGGUCAAGAGGAGAUAGAAAAUGCUGUGAUGCUUUGUCGAGGUGCUUCUAAAUUGGCAGAAGGAAAAGGAUAUCCAAGUUUAAAGGUUUUUCCUCUUUAUUCAGCAUUGUCAGCACAUCAGCAGAUGGAGGCUUUUAAGCCAUCUCCGCCGGGAAUGCGCAAAGUAGUUCUAUCAACUAAUAUCGCAGAAACUUCUGUCACUAUAGCUGGAAUACGGCAUGUUAUUGAUACGGGCGUGGUGAAAGCAAGAACCCAUCAUCCAACGACCGGAUUCGAUAUGCUGAGGGUGGAGAAAAUAUCGAAAGCCCAGGCUCGACAGAGGACGGGCCGGGCCGGUCGACUCUCUUCCGGCUAUUGUUACCGCACCUACACCAAAAGUGAAUUCGAGUCUCUGGAGGAGAUGCCGGUUCCCGAGAUUUUGAGGUGUUCUCUCGUCGGCGUCGCUCUGCAGUUGCUCGCCAUCGGCAUCGAUAUCACGACUUGUUCGCCUCCACAAUUGACAACCCUGGGACGAACAAUGUCAUGUUUUCCAUUGGAUCCUCGUUUCACGAAAGUCAUUUUGGCAUCUGUUGAGUACCAGUGUCUCGAGGAAGCUUUAAUUGUUGUUGCAAUGUUGUCCGGGGAAUCGGUUUUUAAUGAUUCCCCAAGUAAGAGAAAAGAAUCGGCCGCUGCUAGAGCCAGACUUACAUCCGAGGAAGGAGAUCAUGUUACUUUAUUGAAAAUCCAUCGCCAUUAUACAGAGGCAAAUGAUAAAAAGGCCUUUUGUCGAGAAAAUUUUUUAAACUACCGAAAUUUGGAAUAUGCCUGCAAUGUUAGGAAACAGCUGGCGGAAACGGCCGAGAGAGCCAAUUUGGAGAAGGCGAGUUGUCGCGAAAAUACCGCAAAUUUGAGAAAAGCUCUUCUUGAAGGACUUUACGACAAUUUGGCGGAACUGCAACGAGAUCACACCUAUAUGACGCUUGGUUCGAAACAAACAGUGGCAAUUCAUCCAUCAUCAGUACUCCACAACACGAAACAUUCACUCGUCCUAUUUACUGAAAUUGUCUCUACGGGGAGACAUUUCAUGAGAGGACUCUCUGUUGUUCAAACUGAUUGGUUACGGUAAAAAUGUGUCUCUUUUUUUUUUAAUUUUGAUUGAAAACUGUAAAUAUAUUAUAUUUAUACAAUUAUA